CACAAUGGUUGGCAUUACAAUAAUAAGACGAAAAGCAUUGAAAACAAAAUAAAAGGAAAGUUGUGAGAUUUGUUUUACGAUCUUUGUAUUUUGAACCGUCACCAUUCAAGCAAUUUUAUUGCGUUCGAAAAUGUGCAAUGGACAAUGUUGAAAAUUAAUUUUCUUUCAUUCAAUCGAAAUAAAAAAAAUGCAAAAAAAAUUUAACAAGUGUGUUGUCUCGGAUCUCCAUGUAUCAUAUAAAUGACUAAUCAAUGUAUUUUUAGUGUUGUGAGAUCGAAUUGAGAAGAAAACAAUCGUCUUCAAAUAAAACACGUACUCCACUAUCUUGUGACUCGUUCAAUUGUGUUUGCGUUUGUUUUUCGAUUGUUUAAAAUUUGUGCGGAAAGAAAAAAAUUUUAGUUCAAAAUGAAAAUCAAUGAGAAGAAUAUGUGUUAUUUUGCGACAUCACCUCCAAUUGAUCUUGAGGGAUGGCUACAGAAGCGAGGCGAAGUGAAUAAAUCAUGGCAACGACGCUAUUUCGUACUUAAGGGCAAUUUGUUGUUUUACUUUGAGAAAAAGGGAGACCGAGAGCCAAUCGGGGUCAUUAUUUUAGAGGGUUGUACAGUGGAGCUGGCCGAAGAAGGUGAGCAUUACUGCUUUCAGAUUAUUUUUCAUGGCAUCAAUAAUCGGACAUACUACCUGAGUGCCGAAACACAAGAUAUUAUGGAACAAUGGAUGAGAGCGCUGACUUGUGCUGGGUAUGAAUAUAUGAAAUUAAUGGUAGCCGAAUUGCAGCGGCAGCUCACUGAAAUUGAAAAAUCGAAAGAUUCGAAAAAUUGUUCAAUAGAAUCGGUACCACAGCCGCCACCACGACGCCAUAAUCAGCAGCGCGAAAAUCCAUUCGAUCGGCAUCCAUGUGAUCGGCAAAUCACUCGGCCAGCACCACCGCCUCCGAUCUAUGCAUCAAAUACAAAUACUCAAGAAUGUAAUGAACAAUAUAAGGCCAAAUUGAUGGAAUCACACUUUUGAAGUACAUUAUUCUCACAAGAAUCACUUCUACUUUCAUCCAACCACAUCAAACACACUACCAAAACGAGUUUUUCUAGGAGAUUUCUCUAUUUGGUGACCGAAUGCAACAUUUUUCUGUGCACAAGUGCAGUACUUGAAGAUAACCUUCCAUCCCACUUUUUUCAUUGAAAUUAGGGAAGAAAACAAUUUGACGACAUGUAUCAGAGCGUAAAAUAAGGACCUGCAAUUUUUUUUGUCAUUUCUUGAUAUUUUUGUCCACAAAGUGUUCAAAAUUUCUCAAUCAUCAAAAUGAAGUCUAGACUAUCCAUUUUCCAAUUAUAAACCCGCUUAUUUUACGUUCUGAUAAUAUCACCUAGAUUUAGUAUCAGAAACAUAUUGUCAAUUGGAAAUUAUUUAUUCACGUGACACAAGUUGAGUUUUUUUUUCUUCCAAGAUUAAGACAUUGAUUUAUUUAUUUCAUAAGUUCGUG